AUGAGCGCGCCGCCGAUGCCGCGCCCGGAGCGCCUGGAGCUCCUGCGCACGAACCCCCUCAUCGAGAUCACGCUCCUCCACCGGGCGAUGCGGCUCGAGCUGGAGGCCAUGUGCGAGGCGACGCGGGCCCUGGCGGCGGCGCCGGCGAACGACGGCGCGGCGCUCGCGGCGCUGCGCCGGCGCUUCCGCGCGUUCGACGCGGUCUUCGCGAGCCACUCGGCGGCGGAGGACGACGUCGUCUUCCCCGCGCUCGCGGCCUGCGCGGGGCGCGACGUGGCGAGCCACGCGGCGGCGGAGCACAUCGACGAGGUGGCGCUCGUCGACGGCGCGGCGGCGGCGCUGGACGCCGCCGCGGCGCGCGGCCGCUGCGACGGCGCGACGGUCGCGGCGCUCCAGGACCUCAAGGAGAAGCUCGCGGACCACAUGGACCACGAGGAGGGCGAGAUCUUCCCGCUCCUCGCGGAGAUCCCCGAGCGCGAGCUCAAGCGCAUGGCGGGGCUCGUGCUCGGCGCGCGGCCGGCCGACGUGCUCGAGCUCACGAUCCGCCUGCAGGUGCAGCACCUGGAGCCGGCGCUCGCGCGCCACGUGCUUGGGACCAUGUGCGAGGUCGCGCGCGGCACGCGGUUCCGGCGCUGGCUCGACCGCGCGCUCGGCGCCGCGGCGGGCGCGCCGGCGGCGGCGCCCGCGGCGCCGGCGGCACCGGCCGCGCCGGCGGCACCGGCGGCGCCGCGGCGGCGGUGCCCGCGCCACGGGCACCUCGCGCGCGUCGCCGCGCCGUGCUGCGGCCAGCUCGUGUGCUGCCGCCGGUGCCACGACGCGCGGCCGGGCGCCUGCGACCGCGCCAUGGACGCGCGCGCCGUGACGGAGAUGGCCUGCCGCGCCUGCGGCGCGCGCGGGCCCGUCGGCCGGCGCUGCGCCGUCUGCGCGGCGCCGCAGGCGGGCUACUACUGCGGCCACUGCCGGCACUUCGACGACUCCGGCGCGCACACGUUCCACUGCCCCUUCUGCGACGUGUGCCGGCGCGGUCACGGCCUCGGCGUCGACUUCCACCACUGCAUGCGCUGCAACAUGUGCGUCGACAUCACGCAGCUCGCGACACACGUGUGCACGGGCGCCGCCGGCCGGGCCUGCGGCGCCUGCGGCGGCGACCUCGCGGCGACGCCCGACCGCGUCGUCGUGCUGGGCUGCGGCCACCCCGCGCACGCGCGGUGCGCCGCGGCGCCGCCGGGCCGCUGCCUCGUCUGCGCGCGCGCGGCAGCAACGGACUAAGCACCCGCCGGGGGCUCGUCGUCGCCGGGGGGUAGGGGCUUCGCCCGUACGUCGGCCCCGCGCGCCGCGAGCGCUCCGACUCUGGGGAGCCUCGUGCCGUGACGUGGGGCUCCCGAGGCCUCCUCCGUCCCCACUGACUCCCCAGCUCGGGUUCUAAUGUUUUAUUUUACGGUC